AUGUGUGCGAAGGCAUUUCAUACCAUUUGCAAAGUACUUCGUCCACGACUGCCUGCUCCUCAAUCACUCGAUAUCCCCACCUCAAAAGGGGGUCUUUUUGUCACAUGGUCCGCUCCCCGUGGUUCUAGACGCAAUUAUUCCUUACGUGGUUGCAUCGGUACGCUUAGUCGUGCAAAUCUCGACGAUGCUGUUGAGCGCUACGCUUCAUAUGCCGCGUUCAGAGAUUCCCGCUUUGACCCUAUUGCAGCGUCUGAGAUAGAUGAACUUAAAGUUGGCGUCAGCGUGCUUUCGGGUUUUGAAAAGGCAUCUCAUGUGUAUGACUGGGAUAUUGGCACACACGGCAUCAUUUUGGAGCUCGCUGGCGGUCGGUAUUCCGCCACAUACUUACCAGAAGUUUGUGCGGAACAAAACUGGAGCAAGGAGACUUGCAUUCGAAGUUUGGCCGAAAAGGCUGGCCAUAGGCGACCCAUGGACGAUGCUGUCUUGGAAGCAGCUGUACUGACGCGCUAUCAGUCGACCAAGGCAGAACUUCUCUUCGCAGAAUAUAUGGAGCUCAUUGAAGAACAUAUCACGGUUCAGUGCUAA